AUGGACUUUGAAAACUUAAAUCGUCUGAAUGGCUUAGUAAACGUAUUCUCAGCGAAUAUGCUACCACUAACGAACAAGAAAACAAACAUGCCUACUUACCUACGAGUCUAUUCGAUCGUAGUUUGGACGAUAGAAUUGACGUAUUUGACUAUUUGCAUUCUCGGUCUUUUCUACGUGCCUAAAGAGAGGGCAUUGCAAGACAGUACAGUGAAUAUAGUAGUCACUUUAGAGGUAUUUCUGAUGACUAUUUAUUUAAGUAAUCGCAAAACAAUGUUACGGAGAUUUAUCGAGAAGAUGAACGAUACUCUUGCCAUAGACAACGAGACGCUGAAAUUUAUCACGAUCCAGACACUGAAACCGUUGGAGAGGCCGCUGAAAGUGUAUACGAUCGCUAGUAUUGGUACAGUUGUUAUAUGGACGGCGUUACCACUCGUCCAGAUAUUCAAAAAAACUGAAUUCUAUUACGUGGACUAUGGAGUACCAGCCGUUUUAUCGAAGGAACCAUACUCAGUGAAUAUUUUUAUCGGUGGUGUUGUCCUCGAGUGUUUUGGCGCCAUGUUCGCGAUCGCUCGAAAAGUCAGCCUGGACAUUUACACUAUGCAUUUGAUUCUUUUAAUGACGGCGCAAUACAGAUAUUUAAGGUUUCAAUUUCAGGCAGUUCUUGAAAACAAACUCGAAAGUUUAAAAGAUUCGAAUAACGAUGCUAAUCGAAGGAAUGUUUCGUGCAGGGGUAAAAGCUCGAUUAAACAGGAAUUGAGACUGCUGACGUACCACCAUGGAAUAGUCGUCGAGAUGGCCGUUAUAUUGAAGAGUUUACUUUCCCCAAAUGUUGGAAUUCUGUACAUAGAUAACAUUUUUCGACUCUGCUUUUUAAGUUUUAUGAUCAUAACGAUAAACUCAGUACAUUUUGAAACGUGUUUAAUUGCAUUAUACGCAGUCGGUGCGGUGAUACAACUUUAUAUAUUGUGUUUUUAUAUUCAACAAUUGCUCGAGGCGAGUACGACAGUCAUGGAUGAUGCAUUUCAUACCAAAUGGUAUGUUCAUGGUGUCCCCUUAAAACGCGUAGUUGCGAUCAUGACAAUGGCUAGUAAACUAGAAUGCAGAUUAUCGAUCUUCCGAAGUAUCGAUUUGACACUACCAUCUUUUAUGUCGAUCUUAAAUCAAGCGUAUUCUGUCUGUCUGUUAUUUUUAAAAUCGAGACAAAAUUAA